AUGAUCAAGAUUAAGCAGACUCUAUUUUUUACUUUUUUGGGACUUGGAUUAACUUACUAACAAACUUCCAAUGAAACUUAAACUAUGAUUGAGCUUAUUUAAUCAUUCACAAAUUUCGCAAACUCUCUGAAUGGUACUACUCUCCCUUAUGAAGCAGCAGAAUAAAUUAUACCAGCUAUUUCUAAGUUUCAAGAAUACGUAUAUGACAUUGCAUUAGUUAACUUCAUACCUUAAUAUAACAUAGACCAAUCACUAAUUAACUCAAUGCUAGAAGCAAUAAAUGCUGCUUAUUAAAGAAGCUAUCCAAUUACAAAUCAGCAAACGCCUAGUAUAUUUAACAGUCUUGAUUAGCCAGAAUGCUAUACGAAAUAUUCAGAAGGUGAUAUAAUGAUUUAUUAUGGUUUCAAUAAUUACAUAAAAUUUGCAACAGGAGAGGAUUCCUCUGGAUCAGAAUUUGCAAGCUUUUGUGUUUCUGAGCCUAAUUUCAGUCACAUCCUUGAUGAUUUUAUUGGCUUGAUUGAAGGAACAGGAGAAUGUGACAUAUUAGCUGCUUUAUUUAGUGGUGAACCAAAGAGUAACAUCUAUACAGGUUGGACUGAUUUUAAAGUUGAUCGAUCAAGUUACUUAGUUAUGUAUGCCACCUUAGGAAUAGCUAUGUAAACAACCUGUAACUACUUGAAUACCAGCUUAGAUCAAAGCAAAAUAAAAGAUAUGAAUGGAAAAUAUACUAAUUAAUUAGUGAGAAUGAUUUCAAGAAUUCUAGAAUUCAACGCACUUGCUUAGUAAUCAGUCUCACAAUCUCUGACAUUAACUCUUAUUCAAAUCAUGGUUGACAAUCCAAAUUUAAGUCUUGAUACUUUCACUAAUGGCUUUAAUGGAUUCGAUCUCUACAGUGAUCUAUUGUUGACUAUUGGAUUAACAUAUAGCAGCGCUGAUGAGAGAGAUUUUUACUCUGAGUGCUGGAAUUGCAUCAAUGUUACUCUCGGCAGAUAUCGAGCUGUAUUAACUUGGCUAAGCUUUAAUACUACUACAUCUCUUUCAAGUGAUCUUAAUCUUUAAUAGUAUUUAACUGAAAAUAGAAACCCUUAAGAUAUAGCUAGCGCUAUCAGGAAGAACGUAGGCGAUUGCGUAAGUGGAGUUUGGAUUUUCAAUUAAUCUACCCCUCAUUCUAUUGAAUCGGCUUUUGAGGACAGAAUUGUUAGUUAUCAAGGAGAAAUUUACGAUAUUUAUGUUUGGGGUGUUUAGGAAGAUUGUCUAGGCAGACAAUCUUUUAGAUAAAGUCUAUAUUGA